AUGUUAUUGAAGAAAUCCGAGGUGUACACGGAAGAGCAAAAACGGAAGGCAUGGACGGAUGCAGCGGUCAUGGUUCAAGACUAUAGCGACGACAUGAUCGCCCGAUGGAACAAGGAGAUUGAUACAUAUCUUGUCUUUGCGGGCUUAUUCUCUGCCAUCCUUACUGCCUUCAAUGUGCAGUCGUACCUUCUCCUCCAGCCAGCCGCGCCCGAUCCAUCUGUCGCCAUCCUACAACAGAUUUCUUCGCAGCUC